AUGGAUCGCUUCACUGAGUGCGGCACCCAGACGGACGCUGUGGUGGUGCUGUCCCUGGCACAGGCUGCGGUGCUGGGCUUGGUGUCCGACAAUGAGCUGCUCGGGGCCACCGUCAGCCCUGCCGGCUUCUUCCCGGGGCUGGCAGCGGAGCUGCCCGACGCCGACACCGCGGCCGAGCCUGGGGAGCCAGAGAGCGACGGCCGGCCAGAGGGCGAGCAGGAGGAGGACGCCUUGGAGGCAGAGUCCUCCCUGGAGAAGCACGCCCGGAGGAGAAAGCGGCCACCCGUGCGGCUGGUACCCAAGGUCAAACGCGAGAAAGCAGAGGCCGAGGCCGAGCCGCUGUACGAGGUGCCUGUGCCCGCCGACGAGGAGGGCGAGGUGCAGCGCGGCCGCUCCCGCCAUCACCGGGAGCCCAGCCGCGAGCAAGAGGUGCAGAGCAGCUCCGUGAAGAUGAUCGACCUGGACACCUUCAGCAGGAAGCCUCGGCGGCUGCGGCAUCUCCGCCGGCACACGCGCCACGAGCCGCCGGGCACCGAGUGCCAUCUGGAGGGCGCCGAGCCGGCCGGCGCGGCGGCCGCAGACGACGGCACGUCGGGAACCUCCCGCACCGACUGCGCCUUCGAGGCGGGCGCCCCCUCCCCCGGCGAGGAAGAGGCCCCCCCGCCGGCGUCCCCCGAGGCGGUGAAGAGCGAGCAGGGCUUCGGCUGGCAGGAGGCGGGCGAGCUGGAGGUGGAGGCGGGCGGCGGCAGCAGUGAGCGCAGCAAGAAGGCGCAGCUGGACCGGCUGGACAUCAACGUGCAGAUCGACGACUCCUACCUGGUGGAGGCGGGCGACCGGCAGAAGCGCUGGCAGUGCCGCAUGUGCGAGAAGUCCUACACCUCCAAGUACAACCUGGUGACCCACAUAUUGGGGCACAACGGCAUCAAGCCCCACUCCUGCCCGCACUGUGGCAAGCUCUUCAAGCAGCCCAGCCACCUGCAGACCCACCUGCUGACCCACCAGGGCACCCGGCCCCACAAGUGCGAGGUGUGCGGCAAGGCUUUCACCCAGACCAGCCACCUGAAGCGGCACAUGCUGCUGCACAGCGACAUCAAACCCUACAGCUGCCGCUUCUGCGGCCGCGGCUUCGCCUACCCCAGCGAGCUGAAGGCCCACGAGGUGAAGCACGAGAGCGGCCGCUGCCACGUCUGCGUGGAGUGCGGCCUGGAUUUCUCCACCCUCACCCAGCUGAAGAGGCAUCUGGCCACCCACCAGGGCCCCACGCUCUACCAGUGCCUGGAGUGCAGCAAGUCCUUCCACUACCGCAGCCAGCUGCAGAACCACAUGCUGAAGCACCAGAACGUCCGGCCCUUCGUCUGCACCGAGUGUGGCAUGGAGUUCAGCCAGAUCCACCACCUCAAGCAGCACUCCCUCACGCACAAGGGCGUGAAGGAGUUCAAGUGCGAGGUGUGCGGGCGGGAGUUCACGCUGCAGGCCAACAUGAAGCGCCACAUGCUGAUCCACACCAGCGUCCGGCCCUACCAGUGCCACAUCUGCUUCAAGACCUUUGUGCAGAAGCAGACCCUCAAGACCCACAUGAUUGUCCACUCACCGGUGAAGCCCUUCAAGUGCAAGGUCUGUGGAAAGUCCUUCAACCGCAUGUACAACCUCCUGGGCCACAUGCACCUGCAUGCUGGCAGCAAGCCCUUCAAGUGUCCCUACUGCUCCAGCAAGUUCAACCUGAAGGGGAACCUCAGCCGACACAUGAAGGUCAAGCAUGGGGUGAUGGACAUCAGCCUUGACAGCCAAGAUGCCAUGAUGGACCUGGCUGGGACUGACCACACAGAGCUGGACACACAGCAGGAGAUGGAUGACUUCGAGGAGGAGAACUCUUACGGCUACAGCGGGGUGGGCAGUGCGCCGGAGGAGCAGGCCAUGAAGGAGAUGACCUACUACAACAUGUUGUAG